AUGCUCAUCCGUUUAUCAUACACCCUGUAUGGAGAAGCCAUAGAAUGUGUCUACGAUCCGAACUCUGACCACAGACGCAAGGGUGUGUACAAAAAGGACACAGACGCCCUCAGGACGAAAAAUUCGACUUUACACACGUUAAUUCAGGCAUUGCUGAACUACGAUGAAGAAGACGCUUUCGACUUAGUCCGGCAAAUACGUUCCUGCGACAGUUUAGAAGAUGUGGCUCAAUCGAUCAUGAGCCGGGACAAAGGGCCCGCAUCUGGGGAGGACUUCCCCAGCGGGGACGAAUCCUCGACGCAAGAAGAUCAAUUUGUAUCUACUUUAGCAGGAAGGAUGGGUGAGCUUAUGUUGGAUGGUUCCCGUAAGUAUAUUGGAGGCACGUCCAACCUCAUCUUUCUACCACCAGGGUCAGAACUCAAUGAAUUCGACUCGACUCUGAACGGCCAGGCGUUGGACCGCAGCUAUGAGUACUCUGUCACUCGGUGGACGAGAGUCACCGAUGACGAGCAAUUGAUAAGUCACCUCAUGACGAUGUACUUCACCUGGCAUUAUCCCUUUUUCACCACUAUCCCUAAAGAUCUCUUCUACCGCGACUACAUCCGUGGUGUUUCAAGCCAAUACUGCUCGUCCUUGCUUGUCAACGCGAUGCUUGCUCUGGGUUGUCAUUUUAGCUCAUGGAAAGGCGCUCGGGCGGAUCCGACCAAUUCUGCGACUGCGGGAGAUCAUUUUUUCAAAGAAGCCAAGCGGUUGGUCCUCGAGAAUGACGAACAUGUGAACGCAAAGCUGUGCACCGUCCAAGCACUGGCACUCCUAUCAGUUCGAGAAGCUGGUUGCGGUCGUGAGGGCAAAGGUUGGGUUUACAGUGGCAUGAGCUUCCGUAUGGCCUUCGACCUAGGUUUGAAUUUGGAUUCCAACAGCCUGGGAACUCGUAAGCUCGACGACGAAGAAUUAGAUGCACGACGGAUCACGUUUUGGGGUUGUUUCCUCUUUGAUAAAUGCUGGUCUAACUACCUUGGCCGCCAGCCUCAAUUAUUGACCUCUCAGGUUUGCGUGCCGAAGAUUGAUAUCUUGCCCAAUGAGGAGGCAGAGCUCUGGUCUCCAUACACAGACUCUGGACCCAUCCAGGACAACACGCAGCCCUCACGAAUCAGAACUGUGGCUUUACAGAUUGCCAAGCUGAGUGAGAUCAGCGGCGACUUGCUUGUUUACUUCUAUGACCCGAGCCCAACGGAUAAACCGCCAACAAAACCAGCAGAGCUUAAAAAGCUGAGCGAGAUCCAUACUAGACUUGAAGCCUGGAAGAAAGGCCUACCCAAAGAGUUGGAACCUCGAGAGGGCCAGCUUCCUCAGGUCCUUGUUAUGCACAUGUUCUACCAACUCCUCUUCAUACACCUGUACCGCCCCUUCCUGAGGUACACCAAGUCCACCUCUCCCCUUCCUCAGCAUGUCUCUCCUCGCAAAUUAUGCACACAAGCUGCAGCCACCAUAUCGAAAUUGCUGCGAAUGUACAAGCGCACCUAUGGGUUCCAACAAAUAGUUAAUGUCGCGGUUUAUAUUGCACAUACUGCUUGUACUAUCCAUCUUCUCAAUUUACCUGAAAAGAAUGCGCAGAGGGACAUAAUUCACGGCCUCCGCAACUUAGACGAGAUGGGUGAGAGCUGGCUCUGUGCUCGGCGCACGCUUCGCAUUCUCGACAUAUCUGCCAAUAAGUGGCAGGUUGAGUUGCCUACUGAAGCUUUGAGCAUCUUUGAGAGAACACACGCAAAAUGGGGAUCUUGGGGCUCAUGGGAUCAAGCAGCAUCUCCCUCGACGUCCGAAGAAUCCCCACCGACCGUUUCGGCGCAGCCUCCGUCUUCAGCUCCGAUUUAUAUACCAUCAGUCCCAGGAGAAGCAUCAAUCAGUCAACAUGGAGGUUCUCAAAACCUUACAACUUCAGCUGUGUUCCAAGGCAAUCAACAAUAUCGUUCAGGACUCUCAUUCCCAACGUCCUUAUCCGCGAUGCGAGCAGCCCAUCGCUCUUUCAACGCCCAGAUUCCACGAACAGAUGCGCCUCUACCGGAGCCAACCUACCUUAGGCCUGUCCCUCAUAGCUACCGACCAAUGCAGCCUGUCCCACUAACACAGCACGACGCUUGGUACAACGGCCAAGUGGUGCGCGCAUUCGGCACAGACAAAAACACCACUUCGGCUACAGAGGCCUCUCCAUUGACCGGUUUUGACGAAUCAGAAAACUUAGUGGAAGAGAGCCAUGACUGGUGGUCCCGCAACCCCAACGCACUCUUAAGCAUGGGGGCGGAAAAUUGGGAGCAACGUUCGAAUCCGAGCUUCAACGGGCCGGCUACAAACAUGCGCUUCGACAGCAAUGCUCUUAAUACUGGACAGACAUCAGGACCGGACAGCACAUCUAGAGCGCCACAGGCCUACAGGUACCCAGUUGGGGUGCCUCCUAAUAUGACCGAGUCGGAACAAAAUCCCAGCAUCUCUGAGUAUAACAAUAUAGUUCUUCCGGGCAAUUUCCUGCGAUAA